AAAAAGGGGCAGCGGGCAGCCCCUUUGAAAAACACGGGCUGCCAUUUGCCAAUGCGCCAUCCAUGUGGUAGCUAGCCUGGCAGGUUUGAUCAACGGUCUCCUCGGGCAGCCUGCCCCUUGUAUUAUAUAACCCACCGUCUCCAUCACCUCUCUCUACUACUCGUCUCUCUCCUCUCCUCUUCUCUUCAUAGCUCCUGCAAUUGCCAAUCGGCUUUCAAGAGAAGAAGAUAUGGAGGCAAUGAAGAUGAAGCUCUUCGUCGCAGUGGCGAUGGCCUUGAUGGCGGCGGCGACCUUCCAGACUGCUGUGGCCGUUGCGGAUGCCCCGGCCCCAAGCCCCACCUCCGAUUCCGCCGUCUUUGUGCCCACAAUUUUCGUCUCUUUCGCGGCGGCCCUGGCAUUCGGCCUCCUCUACUGAUUCGCUUCCUCUCAGCUUUCGUUACGCGUUCAAUUUCAUUUGGUUGUUUCAUCUGAACGAGAUUUGUGUAAACGAGGUUUACGUCUCAGUCUUCUGCUCCGUCUCGAACUACAUUGGAUUUGGGAGGAGGAGGAGGAGAUGGGGGGCUUGCUUCGAUUGGGUUCUCGAUUUCUCAUUCUUUGUCGUCAUUUUUUGUGAAUGUUUUCCCCCAACAUUACCACAUUGCUGUAUCAUUUGCGAUAUAUAUAUAUAUAUUUAUAGAACUGGAUCUUAUCAUUCCCUAUUGUUGAUUCAUGAUCGCGAUCAGUUUUCUUCGAGUUUUGCUGCGGUAUGUAUGCCGUCGGAAUUCUGUUGAUGUCAUUUUCUCUAGAGAUUUAUUAUGUGUGGAAUGAGUGAUGAUCAACAUACGGGUGUGAAGAUGGUGAUUUUGUUGGGCAUAUUCAGCAGCUAGUUCAGUUCAGUGAGUCCUCCAGGAUCGCCAAGGCAAUCUACCUAGGGUUUCGGCGAUUGGCGAUCUCAGACGAGGGCAAUCUAAU